CCGGCUUCUGCGACUUCAUUUUCGACCUCCAUGUUGUUCGCACAUCUAGUGCGAACCAACGCCAGAGUUGGUGUCGCGUCCGCGCAGCCAGCGGCUCGAAAGAGCCUACCUCUCGUCUCCAGGCGCGUCGUUGCCUAUUCUACCUUCAGUCGGUCGGGACGGAAUGACACCCGUUCCGUCGGAAAGUUCGUCUUGGGAUGGUCUAUGGCCAUGGCGGCUGGAUUCUUCGCGUACCACAGUGGAAUAGGUUCCCUUCCCUCUCAGACGCUUGGCCUAUCUCAUCUUGCAAAUGGUUCCGCUAACGGUUCUGACGGUAAUAGUGAACGAGACUCCGAAUUGGACAACGGUCUUCACUUCAGGUCUUCUGACGGGCUACCAGAGGGGACUCUGACAUCGUCUGAAGGGACGCAUUAUGCCUCUGCUGAUGAACUGCGUCAAGCUAUCUCGGAAUUGAAGGAAACGUUUCCUGAAGAAGGCAAAGUUUUGACGGACCAAGAAUCUCUGGUUGGCCAUAGUUAUUCUCCUAGUUCCUAUCAUCCGACGGCGCCACAUGCAGUCGUGGUUCAGGCUCUCAGCACUGAGGACGUGGUCAAGAUUGUCAACAUCUCCAGGAAGUAUCGAGCUCCAAUUGUGCCCUACAGUGGCGCAACGAGUAUUGAGGGACAUUUCAACGGAGUUCCUACAGGAAGCAUAUGUCUGGACAUGUCGGCUAUGAACAAGAUCCUGGAAAUUCAUGAGGCCGAUGGUGAUCUGAGAUGCCAGGCCGGUGCAGGCUGGGAGGAGAUCAACGAAACCCUCAAAGAGAAGGGCAUCCCUCUUUUCUUUCCUCUUGACCCAGGACCUGGCGCAACAAUAGGCGGUAUGAUCUCUACGGGAUGCUCUGGGACGAAUGCCGUGCGCUAUGGCACUGCGAAAGCUGAAUGGUUCCUGAACAUUACGGUCGUACUUCCAAAUGGCGAGGUUGCGACAACAAGGCGUCGCGCUAGAAAGUCUUCCACCGGUUUUGACACUACGAAGCUUUUUAUCGGUGCUGAAGGGACCUUGGGCAUCGUGACCGAAGCCACCCUCCGACUUGCACCUGUCGUACCGACUAGAGUAGCUAUGGCACAGUUUCCUGAUGUUCAGAAAGCAGUCGAUGCUGUCCAAGAGAUCCUGAAGACACCUCAUGGCCCCAAUGUUCAGUGUAUUGAACUUCUUGAUGAUGACAUGAUGGACGCCCUGAACAAAGGUGGAAACGUUGAGAAUUCUUACCCUGUCAAGGAUACUCUGUUCUUCAAGUUGCAGGGAUCUCAAUUAGGUAUCAAGGAAACUUCUGAGGUCAUUCAAUCGAUCGUCCGAAAAAACGGAAGCACACACUUCCAGUUUGCAGCGUCUGAGGAGGAGGCCGAAGACCUCUGGCAAAAUCGUAAAUACGCUCUCAUGGCGACGAUGUCCACUCACCCAGGAUCAAAGUGCUGGACAACUGAUGUCUGUGUGCCGGUAUCCAAGCUCCCUCAACUGGUGUAUGAAACAAAGCGAGAUCUUGCCAAGGCGGGACUGAGGUCUACAAUUGUUGGACAUGUUGGCGAUGGCAAUUUCCACGCCCUCAUUCUUUUUGACGAUGACAAGGAGCUGGAAAAGGUCAGCGAUGCAGUUCACCGCAUGGUGAACCGUGCCAUCGCGCUUGAUGGAACUUGCACUGGUGAACAUGGUGUAGGAGUUGGUAAACUAGAGUACCUCGAUGAUGAACUGGGCGAGAAUACCGUCGAACUAAUGAGGACAGUGAAACGAGCUAUUGACCCAUUGAACCUCUUCAACCCUGGGAAGCUUUAUCCCAAGAAAGGCGGCCAUAAAAAUCAUUGAUAUGAAUGCCAGUGGAUGAAGAUAAUCGCUAUGGCUUGGUUCCAAUGUAUACUGAUUCGUCGAAUGACCAGUCUGUACAUUCGAUGACGACGCGAAAAGCUCGUACUAGUAUACCCAAGUGCUGACAAUAUUUGGCUCCCUUCAUUAACUCACAAGGAUCCCUAUAAAUACCACCAUGAUACCA